GCCGCGCAAGGUUGGUGACCUCGGGCCUCGGCAGUCGGCACGCCGACCCAACGCCCCGGAUUGAAAUCCCACAAGCUUCCACGCACCCGCCGGCGUCAGCCUCCACCGCCGCUCCCCCUCACACGCGCGCCGCCACCACGUGCCCCUCCGCCGCGGCAUCUGUAAAGCCCCCCUUGUCGCCUCCCUCAACUCAACCGCCGCUUUUAUUCCCCCACCUCCACCUCCAUUCCACGCGAUGCCGUCGCGCCUCUCCUCUCCUCCUCCUCCUCCUCCUCCUCCUCUUCUCCCGCGACCCCGACUCCCCCACGCCUACUACUUCUUCUUCUCCCCCUUCUCCUCCAUCCAUGGCGCCCUCUCCCGCCGCCGCGAUGCCACUCGCGGCCGAGCCCGAUGAAGUGGUGGUUGAGGUGGAGGAGGAGGAGGAGCGGGGGGUGAAGGGGGGAGGAGGUGUUGCGGGGCUUGAUGAGGUCGAGGGGCUCGUGGUGGGGAGCUACUGCCACGACGUGCUGCUGCGGGGCGGGCGGGUGGUGGGGGAGACGCUGGGGGGUGCGGCGGCGUUCGUGUCCAACGUGCUCGACGCCGCGUCGCCCGCGGGGGCGUCGCUGGCGGUGGUGUCGAAGGUGGGGCACGACUUCGCCUACGCCACCGCGGCGGCGCCCGCGCGGCACCCGCCCGUGCUCUGCGCCUCCCCCACGACGUCCUUCCACGCGCGCUUCUCCGACGACGCGGCCUCGGCGCACGCGCCCGACCGGCAGCUCCGGCGAGUCCAUGCCUGCGACCCGAUCUACCCCGCCGACCUCCCCGACCGCCGCUUCGCCUACGGCCUCGCCGUCGGCGUCGCCGGGGAGGUGCUCCCCGAGACGCUCGAGCGGAUGAUCAGGCUCUGCCGCGCGGUGCUCGUGGACGCGCAGGCGCUGAUCCGGGCCUUCGACGGCGAGGCCAAGGGCGGCGGCGCCGUCCGCCACGUGGCGCUGGAGGCCACGCCGUACGCGCGGCUCCUCCCGCGGGUGGCGUUCCUCAAGGCGUCCUCGGAGGAGGCGCCGUACGUCGGGGUGGAGACGGCGAGGCGGCGGUGCUGCGUGAUAGUGACGGAGGGGAGGGACGGGUGUCGGCUCUACUGGGACGGUGGAGAGGCGCGCGUAGCGCCGUUCCCCGCUGUGCAGGUCGAUCCCACCGGCGCCGGCGACAGCUUCCUCGCCGGCUUCGCGUCCGGGUUGCUUUGGGGGCUGUCGGCUACGGACGCCGCGCUGCUGGGCAACUUCUUCGGCGCGGCUGCUGUUUCGCAGGUUGGAGUACCAACCUUCGAUCCAAAGAUGCUGCAGGCUGUUAAACAAAUACUUGAGAAGGCAGUAAAACGACCUUGUACACAUAUAAACGGCAACACGUUUACCUUCCAGAGAUCAAGUAUGCACGAUGAGUUGCAUAAAUCACUCCAAGAAGCGGCUAUGCUGGUGUGUGAGCAGAAGCAAGCUAAUAGUCCGGCAACUGACAACGGUGAUGUUUGUUCCAUAAAUGAACUGACUUCGCUGCCAAGCUGAAUUUGACCUUGAAAUAAUGUGAAACUUGACAUCCAAGUUUCCACACUGAGAUCUAUAAUCUGUGUAAACACAUGACCCAACAAAAUGGUAAAAAAUAUACACUAGGAUGCCCUCAUACUCAGGUUAUCAUGGGAAUCGCUGAGUGCAGAAUUGGAUAUACUCCGUAUAAGAUCAGCUGAUGCUCUCUGUUGAAUUAUGUGCUCUACUCGAGCUUUGAAGCAUCUGUGUGAUUAACCUAAUCUUCAACCUUCAUAGCUUGGAGCUGUAAACUCCCUACUCUGGCUGAGGACAGAUACAAAAUUAUCCUUUGCAGUUUUGGCCCUCGUGCUCUA